AUGGCGUACCCGACAGUAAACACCACAGUCAACAACACCGCCUUCCUGGGCUUUACCCUUCGAGACAAUGUGUCAAAUCCGACCUUGGACAGUCAACGAUUACGUGCAAUUAUAUUACUACCCGAGUACUCCGCUUCCUUUGUUUUGUCGGUAUUUGUGCUGGGAUACUUCGGAUAUCACCGCUCCCUGCACACUCCCUUCAACAUUUACCUCGUGCAGGUGCUGUUAAUACAGGCAACUUCCAUGGCCCUGGCAAUACCGGCAUUUCUCCAGUUUCCGAAAGUUCGCACGCCCUUCACGUGCUUCAUUAUCAAUGUGUCGGUUUGUGAUCUCGGUCUGGCGUUGUUCAGUAUGUCGGGCUUUAUCUGGUUCACUGCUUUUCCUGCGUCUAGCCCGAGUUACUGUCCCUAUUACAACUUCUUCAAUCAACAUUUACUGGUGGCAAUCGGCUACACAGUGGUGCUGGUUAGCACAGAUCGACUUCUGUCUGUGUUUGCUCCCGUGUACUACAAACACAAUCGUUCUCUGCGGUCGUCAUCGAUCAUCUGCGUUGGUAUGUGGAUCUUUGUGAUUGGGCUGGUGACGCCCAUGGCCGUCAUGGACAAUCUCUGCUACAUUGCCAUCUUCACCAAGCUGUCACGAAGGCCACGUAAAACGAGAGUCGGUGCACUACCGACAGAUGCGAUGGAAUCCGGAGCAACGGGAUCAACCCAGUCCAGUAUCGGCGUACCAGAUAAACGACGUAACAGGCGAAUGGCGGAAGAAGCUAAGAAAUAUAAAUUAUUCACGCUGCUGGCCAUUUGCGAUCUCGUCUGCUUCGUGCCGCCUACGAUCUACUAUUGGUCCGUAGAAUUUUUUGAUUACUGGAACGAUAACCUUUAUGUAGCAGCUACUUGUCUGCAGUAUCUGAGUUGCAUGUUUAAUCCCAUCAUUUACCACUCCAGUUUGCCCAGCCUACAAAAAGCCAUAAAGAACUUAUUCCGUUGUUAA